AUGAAAUUAACACAAAAAACACUUUUUCAAUGUUUUCAAAAAACUCGUCCACAAUCGCCCGCUAUCAAUAACUCUCCGCCAGAAACAAACUCCUCGAAUUCACAAACGAAAAUUCCAUGUGAACAACUAGAGAUACACACUCGUCAGCCAGACUACAUCAUACCUGUUCAUAUACGCCAGUCAACCAGCUCCUCAUGCAUCAAAACUGAUUCUUUGUUGAAUGAUACAAUAACCAGCGACGAUGACGACGUGCCGUACUCUUCUGAAGAGUUCUAUCGUAUAUGCCCAACGAUCAUUCCCUAUCAAAGUCCAUUAGCAAAGCUUACAUUUACAAAAAUAUCAUCCAGUGAACGUCAAAUGGAACUAUUCGAACAAUAUACAAAGGAACAACCAUUGGUUGAUUGGAAGUCAAUGUUUGAAUGUUUACAAGAUUAUCGCGCAAAAACAAUAGAACAACAUCAAUGUGAACAACUACUAUGGACUGAUAUUUAUCGCCCACGAACAUCAAAAGCAUAUCUUGGUAAUCAUACUCGACAAAUCAGCCGAUUAAAUGAAUGGUUUUCAUAUUGGUCAAGAAAGUUGCACAAUGAACAGCCUAAAAAUCUUUGUGACAAAAAACGCAAACGCACCAUGAGUGACGACGAUGAUGAUGACUCCAGUGAAACUUUCGAUGAUAAUUCAAAUAUGUCCUAUAGUAACUGUGCGUAUAUCAAACCAGAACAUCCACGAUUAAUCUUCAUUCAUGGUUCCGGAACGACGUCACUCGUCCAUGCAAUUGCUGAAGAACAUAAUUUUAAAAUUACUGAAAUCAACGGAUCUCAGUCGCGUGCUCGUGCGCACUUACUGAAACAACUAGAACAGGUGACUAGUCAUCAUCAACUAUCAUUUAAACGUUGUCCGUCAGACACGAUCUCAUCUCAAGGCGACAAAUCCAGUCAAACAAUCUCUUCUGUACUGCAACCUGCAAAGAAAAAGGCGAAGAAUGAAAAUGGUUCAAUAACGUCAUAUUUUAAUCAAAAGAACAAGAUUGAUGAUGAACAGAAGGAAAAUAAGUCUUCUCCGUCAUUGGAACCGUCAAAAAAAUCAACAAAUCGAACGAGUAAUCCGAAACGGCGCAGUAAAAUCAAGCGUGAGCCAUCACCGGUAGAAAAUCAGUUUCUUUCGUCAGUUCAAGUGGAAAAGGCAUCGCUUAUUCUUUUCGAUGAAAUCGAAACAUUGACAACUGACGAUAAAUUCUGGUCAUGUUUGAAAAAAUUACUUGAAACAGCCAAGAAACCAAUCAUUCUCACAUCCAACAGUCGAACAAAUCCUGAAGAUGCAAUCAUUAAUCUAUCCAACCUUGGUUACUACGAAUUAAUUCAUCUCGAACAAAACGAACCCGUAAAUAUUUCCCUCAAUCCCAAAAUCCUGCUAAAUGUCUGUGCUUUUCCUUCACAGGAACUUAUCUGUUGCUUUCUUCGUUUGAUACUUCUACUCGAAAUGUUCGAAAUACCCUCAUCCGACGAUCUACUCUCAUUAAUUCAUUCCUGUUCAAACGAUUUACGUCGAAUUUUACUAACACUUCAAUUCUAUCUUCAAUCAUCAGAUUCAUCCAAUCCACCAGAUGCGUCGUUUUGUGAAAAGCAAAAUAUACUCCCCCAACCAACAUGGCAAUCAUCAUACGCCUUCGAUGCUAUGUACUAUUCUCAUCUGAAUGAUCAGUGGAAGGAGUCACCAUUGAAAGUAUUCUUUGAUGAUCUAACGAGUAAAUAUACGUCAGAAUAUGAACAAUCUCAUCGAUUGUUACACAAUCAAAGUAAAAAUAAUACAAAUCGGAUUGAAUUGUAUGAUACAUUCAAAUUGUUUAUGCAAGAACAAGAAAUCGGAAACAUCAUUGAUCAUUCAGAUUUCUAUCUCGACUAUCGACCGUAUAUUCGACAAAUUUGCCAAAGCGAACACAAUCGUGCUGAUGAAUGCAAUUCCAAUCGACGCCUUCGACAUAGCCUUAGUUACCGUGGUUGUUCAUUACAAUGGUCUGAUUUCGAAAUUUUAUCGACCGGCAUCAAUUAA